AUGGACAAAGAUUCUCCCCGAAAUACACAGAUCACAAAGUUUAAAACAAUUCCGCACAUCAAUGUAACUGACUUAAUACCACUUCGCCAUGUUAUUAUUGUAAAAUCGCAAUCAGAUGUAAAGACCAGGAAGAAAAGGCGGACUUCUCGCCGCAACUUCGUGAACGAGGUUGAAAGCGACUCCGACGACGCCACGGUCGUCGACCUGGACGACACGUUGAAGUCUGAAUUCCCUCAAACUUCCGUGACUCCCAGGGAGUUCACCCUCAAGUUCAACAGGAUUCUGGCGUACAUGGACGAACUGGCCGAGGUCGCCGCCGGCGUCGAAAUCGAGGGCUCCAAGGCCGAGUCCUCCGACUUCGAGACCCUGACGCCCGAGAAGAUAAACCGCCUGAAGGUCUACGCUUCUCUAAAUCGCAUUUUGUACCGGCACCUGCGAACUCCCACCAUUCACGAAGUGAUCACUGUUGCUACGAACAUGAAUAUGAAAGAGGCUGAAUCCUGCGGAUUCAGCUUCAACAUAGACGUCGAUUACGACGAUAACCCCUGGUCCGAGGUGAACCUGUUCAACUUCUUCAAGCACAGGGUCCCUCUGCACACCUACGGGCUCGUUUCGGGCGCCCUCAAGUUCACCUGUCCCAGCGUUUCCAGGCACAUUCACUCUCACCUGCUCAUGUCUGGCCCCAAGUGCGCCACCAGUGCUCUCACGUUCCACAGGAGGGCCACUGAGGCCUAUUUCAGGAACAACGCUGACGCCAAUGCUGAGAUUGUGGACGACGGCGAGUCCAUUGUCACUUUCAGCUUCUACCACAACGUCCGCGGGCACAAGUACAAGGAGUUCGACGUUCUCUCCUCUCAGACUCUCGCACACUUGACUGACUCCUUCCGCUGCUCCUCGCAGAUAAUUUCCGGAGACUUUGACCUCGGGGUUAAGGGAUCGUGCUAUUUCAUCAACGGGGUGCUGUAUCCUGACCUACGCGAUGGAGCUUGUGACUACUCUGAAAGUCUCCUGGAGUUUUACGCUGCCAGCAAGCCUGGCUUUCUCAGGUCCGAGGUGCCUCUUCGCCAGGACGCCGCCGUUGUAGGCAACCUGGAGCUCAGAUUGUACGAUUCUGGCUACUUUCUUCACCACGGCGACUGCGAGCACAGGCUUACAGUAACCAGUGUGCGCGUGUUCGACAGGACCAGGGACUGUCCCAUCGUCAGGUGCUAUCCUCUCUGCACGUUCACUCCUAACACGAACAAGCUGGACUGUCAGAUUUGCGGCACCAAUGAGGCCGCGAAGACUGUUUUCAACUCACUCCUUCUUCCCAACAAUCCGUCGCAUCUCUGCUCUGAUUGCUAUGGUCACGUUCGGAACAUCAAACUCGGCUCAGACGUUUAUUUUGACAACAAGCUGACUCCUUCCAUUGCGAUAGAGUAUAAUCAGGACUGA